AUGAUACUCCGCUUCCAAAGCCGCAACGGCCAGUUUCGCCUCACCGUCGAGCCGAAGGAUGAUUUCACCACGGUAGCUUCCCAGAUUAUCGAAAAGCUUCCCUCCAACAUCGACAUAUCUUCCGUCACCAUCUCGCCGAAACCGCAGGACAAGGCGUCCGCACGGAAGCUCGAUGGCUUGAAGGGCGUGACCUUUGAGCGCGUCGGACUCACUCACGGCUCCCAGGUGUACAUCGAUUACGAAGAACAGAAGACCGAAACAAAUGGGCAUGCCAACGUUCCCGCAGCCACGACUGCCGCUCGCCUCAGCGGGAAACCUAUCGCCGCCACAGACAUCCCGAGCGUCCCCAUUGGGGGCGCCUCAAAACUGAUCAAGCGCCCGUGGGAAGUGAUCAAGCAGUCGCCGCUUGACGAUAGGUUAGAUAAGCUCGACGGCAAGAUCACAAGGCCGAAGGACCAGAAAAUGUGCAGGCACGGCCCCAAGGGUAUGUGCGACUACUGCAUGCCCCUCGAGCCUUACGAUGCCGCGUACCUGGCCGAGAAGAAAAUCAAGCACCUGUCGUUCCACUCGUAUCUCCGCAAGGUCAACGCCGGCAAAAACAAGCCCGAGUCCGGCAGCUCCUACAUGCCCCCGCUUAGCGAACCCUUCUACCGAGUGCGCCCGGAUUGCCCCUCAGGCCAUGCCCCGUGGCCCGAAGGCAUCUGCAGCAAGUGUCAGCCCAGCGCCAUUUCACUACAGCCUCAGGAGUACCGCAUGGUAGACCACGUCGAAUUCGCGUCUCCCGAUCUCAUCAACACGCUUCUGGACUUCUGGCGGACUUCUGGGUGCCAAAGGUUAGGCUUCUUGUACGGGAAAUACGAGGAAUACACCGAGGUGCCUCUGGGCACCAAGGCUGUCAUAGAAGCGAUAUACGAGCCGCCGCAGGUGGGCGAAACGGAUGGCAUUUCACUCAAUGACUGGGACAACGAGAAGGAGGUCGACGAAGUCGCACGUUUGUGCGGCUUGGAAAGAGUGGGCGUGAUUUUCACGGAUUUGCUGGAUGCGGGCGCAGGUGAUGGAUCCGUCAUUUGCAAGCGGCACGCAGAUUCCUACUACCUCUCUUCGUUGGAAACGUGCUUUGCCGCGAGGUAUCAGGCAAAGUUUCCCAGACCAUCGAAGUGGAGCGAGACGGGUCGGUUUGGCUCCAACUUUGUCACCUGCAUCGUGAGCGGUGAUGAAGAGGGCCAGAUUGCUAUUUCGGCCUACCAGGCAUCGAAUGCGGCGGUGGAGAUGGUCAGGGCAGAUGUCAUUGAGCCCUCGGCAGACCCUGCUGUGAUGUUGGUGCAAAACGAGGAAGAGGAGAACAGUCUUGGUCGCUCCCGCUACAUUCCCGAAGUCUUCUACCGCCGGGUGAAUGAGUACGGCGCCAAUGUACAGGAGAGCGCAAAGCCUGCCUUCCCAGUGGAGUAUCUCUUCGUCACUCUCACUCACGGUUUCCCGACCAACCCCAACCCUAAGUUCGCAGCAACAGGAUUCCCUGUCGAAAACAGACAGGUCUUGGGCGUCAGCCAGGAAGUUACGGCGCUUUCGAAGCAGUUGAAUGCCAAGGCGGGCGGCCCCAAGCUCUCCGACCCCACGAGCAUCGCCACGUUUGCCGACUUCCACCUCCUGACUUUCGUCCAUGGUCUGGGCAUCCUGAGCAAGGACGAGGAGGCAUUGCUGUGUCGGGUUGCAGCAGAGCACGACGUAUCAGAGGGAUCGCAGCUUCAGCACACGCCAGGCUGGGCUACACUGAUGACAAUCCUUCAAGAGACUGGUGAGCAACCAUCCAAGCGCACGCAUUCUCAAUCCUUUGCCCCUUCUUUAUCGACUCCGUCUGGGCCGCCCGCCAGCCGCAAGCGCAAGGUGAAUACUGCGAACGGCGCCGGCAGUGGUGGCAACGACGGUCAGUCAUCUUCAACAAACAACUCGGCAUCCGACAGCGAACGACUUGCUAAGCGCAUUAAGGGCGUUAGCUUGAACAACACCAAGUGA